GCUGAGCCAUGUCUCACCUCUAACUCUGAAUACCUUGUUAGCACCUCAAAGCUUAGGACCAGAAUGCAAAAGAUGGUAAGGCAAACCUCAAAAUACAAAUGAGAGAUUUCAAGUAGUGAUUGUUGAAUUGCUGAAGCACAGUGCUUUAAAAGAAGUUAAAGCUACUUCUGCAUCCAAGCACAUAUAAGGGUAGUUCAUGUACUUAACUUGUGUGCUUUCACAUUACGCUUCAUACCAAUUUGUUUUAAGUUUUCAGAAAGUCUUUGCCUUUAAUAAAGAGCCAGUAUGACUUAAGAAACAAAGUAAUUUGUAAUUCAGUGACUCCUUUGAUAUUAUAUGAAACAGCAAAGUAAAUGUUCCUGAAAAGAGAUUUGUUUUCUGAAAAAAAGAGUGAGGAGAUAGCUCAAUGUUGUAAUUUUCCCAGCCAAUCUUUCUUCCUUUUGUUACUGACAUGAAAGAAAGUUCUGAAUUGAAGUUUAGUGCCUUAAUGCUGCAGCACUGUGAAGCUGUGUCUACCUUCUUGCUAAUUUAGUUAAAAUCUAUGUAGUACAAGUAAAAUUAAUAGUUAUGAACUGUUUUGCUUUUCAAGUGUCUGAGUUCUUUAGCAACUUUUGAGUAGGAAAAUGGUCAUAAGUAUGUUGGUAUGACUACAGAAACACACAAUAGUUCCUCCUUCAUGAAACAAGAUUAAAGCAUUCUUGAUUUAUGUAUUUGAUAACCUGAGAUGUUUGGAACUUUGUUGAUGUUGAAGAAAUUACUACCAUCUGUUUACUGAAGACAGGUUGACAUGUCUGACAUCUCCAUAGCAGGCUAUGAUGGGAACUCAUGUGAAGAGGCAUUUGAGAACAGGAGGAAAAGAUUUCCUGACUAUGGAGAUGGGAUGCAAGUUCUGGCAAUAUGAGUUUUAUUCUUGGCUUUACUGCUGAUUUACUUGAGCAAAAGCUCGAAAGCUUUUGACAACCCAUUGUCAUCUGUCUGUGCCCCUGUUUGUCCUGUGUGCAAGGUGAGAAAAAUGUAAUAAAACUGUUUCCUUUGUAAACAAAGUUGAAAUUUCUGAAUGAAAAGUGAUUUUAAAAAAGAGCUAAGCAUUCUGGCUGUCAAGAAAGGAGGCCAUCCUUACAAAGGCAGGAGUUUUCAUACUUUUUCGUGUUCAUUCAGAAACAGUUCUCUUGGCUUCUAUUGUUGCAUUCAUGAUCUUAGAGCACAUUUUCAGUUAAAUUCUCAUUUAACUAAGUUCCUCUCUGGUAUUGAUUGAUAACAUAACAUGGGCAAUUAUAGCAGCUUAUGUUUCCUUAGAAAUUUCAUCAAAAGUGAAACUGAAGUAACUUAAAUGGGAUCAUGCUGAUUAUUCGCCCGAGAAUCUGACUUUAUUUACAACAUAAUGUGAUGCCUUAUAUUCCUUUUGUUAUACUAUAAAUACGUCAGAUGCAAGGACUGGAAGAGCUCUGUCUUACUCUCAGGACAACUUCUGUCUAUUCCUUGGAUUGUAACAGGGCCUCUUUCUGAGAUUGUUUUGGACUACUGGUGAACAAAGGGAUCUCUCAUCCUAUAUUGAAUUCUCACAUUUGAUUUCUGGCAAAAUUAAUUUCCUAAACCUAAUAUGUGAGCUCGGAAAAGUUUAAAAUUGAAUACUCCAUUGUAGCUGUGUACAUAAUAGUGAUUACACAGACAGCAAUUUUGUUUUCCUUACAGUACCAGUGGAAGUAUAACAAAUGCAGUAAGCAAUUAUUUAUAAACAGAGGAAUAUUUUACUCAGUGGCUUUUAAAACACAAUCUUUGGUACUAGCAUAUUUAUAUAACAGCUCAUCCCCAGGGGGACUUUUCAUAAAACAAUUGUAAAAUAAAGAAAAUAUCACCGGCUUACCUUCAGUCUAUAGAAUAGCAUUAGAAAUAAAAUUUCAGGCUUUUCCUCCCCCCUACUUCUUUCUGUCUCUGAUCAAAACUCACAGUAACAGUCCCUGCCAUCUGCUACUAUAUAUUUUUCCUGAGUUUUAACAUUUUGUUUUUAGAACCUGAAAGAUUAGUAAAAUGUCAAGUUACCAAGAAAAUAAUCAUAGGCACGACAACUCAAAUGUUAUCUCAGCUUGUCUGUACGAAAGAUGGUUCACAGUAGGGCUGUGCCCUCCCUCUGCAGAUAGAGCAGGUGAGCAGAUACGCAGUUGGUUAUAAGCUGAUACAUUUUCGAACAGCAGUGCUAAAUUUUAGCAGAACAUCUCCUGUUGAUUUUAAUGAGAAUAAUGUGACCAAAAAAAAAACACCAAAAAACAAUGGGACCUCUUUUGAAGUUCAUUCUGUAGAAAAUGAACUCUAGAUCUCCUUUAGAGGUUUCUAUCAUUUGUGAUAGAAGGAGAUCGGUGAGGAGUGGAAGCAGGGCUUUCUUACUGUGACUGCUGGCCUAGAGGAAAUGCAGCCCCCAGGCAGUCAAUGUGAGAAGGUGCUACUUACACCCGUAAUGCCAACUCCCAGUGAAGAACUAAGUGCUGAAUUAUAUUCUUAUUUUGGAAAUGUCAUGAGUUUUUCCUAUCCUGCUCCUAGCUGCUGAUUGAGAGCCUGGAAUCAUAGCUGUCCUGUCAGCCAGGUGGCUACAGCACACCCAGAACUGCAGCAGCAAACUCCUUCUGAACAGACUUUCUCAAGCAUUUUUAGUCUCUCCUUUCUGUUUUUCCAUUGACUGGAGAUUAGACUGGGACUCAGAAGCUGAGAAGUUGUUAGAAAGGUAAGGGAUAAGGCCUUCAGCUCAAGAAUUGUUCCCAGUGCUUCAUAGUUGAAAGGUUGAUUCUCCAUGGCAGUAAAUGCAAUACAAAGAAUUUAUUUUUAAAUGUAAACUUGCCAGAGGCUGCACAGGGUAGUCAUCUACAGAGUUUUCUGGGAAGGGGCAGAUAGCUUUAAGGAAAUAUAUUUGAUAUUAAAAUUUUAGAGAUACCCGUUAUCAGUCAGAGAUGCUCAUUUGGGACUUUGCUUUCUCCCAAAGCCUGUGUGACUAAACUUUUAUCGCCAUGAGUGUAAUGUUUUGUUUUGUUUUUUUUCCCUAAACUCCUUGAAAGUUGUACAGUGCAGAAAGAUCCAAAGAUCUGCCUACCUGCUGGGAUGCUGAAGAACCUACUUCCCUGGCAUGCAAACACCUUCAGAAUGAUAUUUUGGAGGUUCCUAAAUGUCUCUUAUGUUCUUCCACUGAGGCCUGUUGAACUCAAUUCAGAGGAAAAGAGCUUUGCAGCCCAUUCAUGUCAUCUCGCUGUCAAGCUGUACUCAGAAUCUCAUGUUCGAAGUUGAACACUGUUAACAUAAGAAGCAUACAGCUGUAUCGUUUACCUCCCAUGUUUUUAACUGCAAGUCUCACUCAGAAGGCCUUGCUUGACACUCAGAAUCUUUUGAGAACUCAGAUUACAAAUUUUACUUUCAACCUGGGAUUUUCAGGGAAAUUUUAUCACACAGGCACUGAGGAGGAAGAUGAAGGCGAUGACCUGCUGCUGAGAUCUGUGGAUGAGUUUUGGUGGUUUCCCCAUAUGUGGAGCCACAUGCAGCCUCAUCUCUUCCACAAUGAGUCGUCACUGGUGGAGCAGAUGAUCCUCAAUAAAAAAUUUGCCUUAGAACAUGGUAUUCCAACUGAUAUGGGCUAUGCAGUGGCUCCUCACCAUUCUGGAGUAUAUCCAGUGCAUGUUCAACUUUAUGAUGCCUGGAAAAAGGUCUGGAAUAUCAGAGUUACUAGCACAGAAGAAUACCCACAUCUGAAACCUGCGAGGUAUAGACGAGGCUUCAUCCACAAAAAUAUAAUGGUGCUUCCUAGGCAAACUUGUGGCUUAUUCACCCACACUAUUUUCUAUAAAGAGUAUCCUGGAGGCCCAAAGGAACUAGACAAAAGUAUCCAAGGUGGAGAGUUGUUCUUCACGGUGGUUCUCAAUCCAAUCAGCAUCUUCAUGACACACUUGUCUAAUUACGGAAAUGACCGCUUGGGGCUGUAUACGUUUGUGAAUCUGGCCAACUUUGUGCACACCUGGACAAACCUGAAACUGCAGACUCUUCCUCCGGUUCAGCUGGCUCACAAGUACUUCGAGCUAUUCCCUGAGCAAAAGGAUCCACUCUGGCAGAAUCCCUGUGAUGACAAACGGCACAGAGAUAUCUGGUCUAAAGAAAAAACCUGUGAUCGAUUACCAAAAUUCUUGGUUGUAGGACCUCAGAAAACUGGUACCACCGCCUUGUAUUUGUUCCUGAUCAUGCACCCUUCCAUCAUUAGUAACUCCCCCAGCCCAAAAACCUUUGAGGAGGUACAGUUCUUUAAUAGAAAUAACUACCACAGGGGGAUUGAUUGGUACAUGGAUUUCUUCCCUACUCCUUCCAAUGUCACCACUGACUUCCUCUUUGAGAAAAGUGCCAACUAUUUUCAUUCUGAGGAAGCUCCUAAGCGAGCUGCUUCCCUCAUUCCCAAGGCCAAGAUCAUCACCAUCCUCAUUGACCCAUCUGAUCGGGCGUAUUCCUGGUAUCAGCAUCAGCGCUCACAUGAAGAUCCUGCAGCCCUGAAAUUCAGUUUCUACCAGGUAAUCACAGCUGGACCUCGAGCCCCUUCUGAACUUAGAGCUCUCCAAAAGAGAUGCCUAGCACCUGGAUGGUAUGCUACACAUAUUGAGAGAUGGCUGACUUACUUCCCACCUUAUCAGUUGCUAAUUAUUGAUGGACAGCAGCUAAGAACUGACCCAUCUACUGUAAUGGAUGAAGUACAGAAAUUUUUGGGAGUAUCUCCUCAUUAUAAUUACUCAGAAGCCCUAACGUUUGAUUCACAUAAAGGUUUCUGGUGUCAGCUUUUGGAAGAAGGAAAGACCAAAUGCCUUGGAAAGAGCAAAGGUAGAAAAUACCCUCCUAUGGAUUCAGAGUGCAGGGCUUUUCUGUCAAGCUACUACAGAGAUCAUAAUGUGGAACUGUCAAAACUCCUACACAAACUGGGACAACCUCUGCCAUCGUGGCUGAGACAGGAACUACAGAAAGUAAGAUAGCAUUGAAAGAAGAUAUUUUUGAAAUCUCUUCCACACUUCUGUCAUCCUACCCAAAGUCUUCAGUAGUUACCAGAAAGUCUUGUAAAAUAUACCUCUGCAAAAAAUAGUAAAAGACAGAAAUUAUUUCCAUAUGCUGGCAUGUGGAUUGUGAAAAUACACGUGUUUCUUAGCGUUCUGGUGGGACAAAUCUUUCUCAUAAAUAUUUCUGGGCCUGUGGAGUUGUGGACUACUGUGCACAUAUGUGGAAGUUAACUGCAGCUGGUAUAAGCUUCAGAGAUACAUGACCUGUCCAAUUUCACGGUAAAUACUUACAUUUUUAUAUAUCAGUUUAAAAGUAUUGUGUCUCAUGUAGGUUUUGUAGCCCACUGUUAGACUGCUGUUUUUAUUAGUAUUUGAUUAUCGUGUCUUGCAUAAAAUAAGAAAAUUUAAUGUAGCAUAAAAUGCCAAGUGUACUUCUGCCAUUGGAAUCAGCUUGCUAAUACCUGAAGUAUAUUCUAAUAAGUGUGAGAAGUACAGUUAUCAUACAUUACCUAGGUGUGCACAGCAACAAAAUCUGGAAUCCACAGGCAAAAGCAGUGUAGAAAAGAAAAAGAAAAUUACCUAUAGCCUGUAAAAACAAACCCUUACAAUGCAGUAAGGGCCUUUGUUCGUAACUACUGUCUGAUUUUGCACUGACUGAAAUUGCAAAAUACGGAAUGUAUACUGCAUCUGAACAGAAAUGUAAUUGGAUACAUAAAGCACAAAUGUUGCAAUAAAAUCCUUGUGAGCAGUAUUAUACUUCAAUAAUUGUGAACCAGACUGAAACAGUACCAUCAACAGUCUUUCACUCCUGGCUUCUGUGAGCAGCCAAAUUUGGAUACUGCACUCUGGUCUUACAUUGCUGUGAAUCAGAAAUGACUCCACUGAAAUGAAUGAAAAAUUGCUAAAGAGCAGAAACAGAUCCAUUCUUAGACUGCCUUAAUUUGCGCUACUGGUUUUCCUUAAUUUAUUUGCCUUCAAUCUGUGCUGUGUGUUUUCCAAGGUCCCUCAACUUGAUCAAAACUGUAGCAUCUUGCGGUGACCUUCGACUUACGUCAGCUGCAAAAAUCUGAUUCCUAGAUGAAAAUAAUGAUUCUAGCUCCACACAUCUUAAAGUAGCUUGGUAUUAAAGUUUAGAAAUAAGCUUUAGGAAAGAGAAAUUAAGACAGCUCAUGGUAGAAAGUUAAGCUCUAAUCAUGAAAAAAUACACAUAUCCAGCCUUACAUUUGUGAUACAUUUCAGUGACACACCUCAUAAUACAUCAGUUUAAAUGUGAGAUAAAGUCUAAUCAACCAUACUUAAAAGUUGAAAAAGAUCAUUGAAAAUUUCAGCUGAGUAUGGCCUUAAGGUUUCUCCGCUGAACUUUGGCUCUGAAUGUUUCUGAGGGCAUAAAAAGGUAGGGAAUACAAAAGAUUGCUGCAGUAUUAAAUGAAAUGCUUUUUACGGUAGGUCUGUAUUAUUAUCAUAAUUUGUUUUAGGAUGAAUAGUUUAAAAUAUGCAUCAAAUGGUGGAAAAACUUUAUAUGUCUCAGUGCUGUUUUACAACCUUUAUGUAAUCAUAUCAUUUAACUUCCAAGGUAAUGGAAUAGAAACCAGUCUGUUAUACCCUAAAUAGAAAACAGGUGUUGAGAUCCUUACUGUACCUCUAGCUGGUAAUCUUUAAUAUUUACUGAUUUUGUCUCUGUAGUACCUGGUUUUGAUAGGCUUGUAAAGAAAAAAUCCAGACAAAUUUGCUGUAUAUAACAAUAUUCUUUACACAGCACAUUUUUGCUAAGGGAAUAUGCAUGAUUAAUGAUGAGGACCUGCUAGAGUAGACACUUUUAAGAUGAACAUCUUUAUUAUUUAUAAGAGAAUAAAAAUUUUCAUUUCAUUUUAGAUAUUCACUGUAAUAUAGGUUUGACCCAAAAUCUGACUUGUUUUAAAAUAGUCUUAUUUGAUAAAAGAAAUGCUUUGCAUUCUGAAUAUCUGUAAGUGCAAAUCCUCUGCAUGCUACGGACAACUUGUGUCCUACAAGCAUCUAUAUGGAUUUGUUACAAGUAAAUUGAAUAACUGGAAAAAAUACCUGCGGUUUUCAUCCUGACAUGAUUGAUUUUCUCCUUAAUAUAACCUGAUGUAACAUCACUCAAACAUUUAAAGUAGAAGGAAAUUGUAAAUCAGAAGAAAAUGGGGAAAAGCACUACAAAGUGCCUGAGAUUUUCACAAAUUGAGUGCUUCCUACACACUGGAAGAAUGGGCUUCAGCCAUGUUUGUACUUUCAUCUUUGUUUUCAGAAACUCAGUUCCUCUCCUCUUUCCCUGUGAAAUCUAGGCCCCAUCAAAAUGAGAAUAAGUAAGCACCAACGAUAGAGCAGUGACUGGGGAGUACACAUUGGACACCCUCUAGGUGUUUUGCAUCAGACAAGGUGACAUGUCUCAGAUGUGUGGCCUUUCCUGUGAUGUUUGUUAGGAAUCUGGUCAAAUAGCCAACGGCAGUCACCACAUACAUAGCACUGGGAUGACAAGCCACCACACGCAGCUCCUUGGCCCUGGCAGCUAAACAUAAAGUUUGUCCUUUGCAAAGAAGUGCUGUAGCGAGUCUCAAGUCUUGAUGAGGAACAGUAGGGUACAGCACUUCUACUGUCCCAGUGCCCUUCCUAAAGUUGGAAUAAAGGCAAAUCUUCAGUGAAUUCCUGUGGUAGCUUUGGGUCAGUCAUGUGAUCAAAGUAAUGUGACCUUUUGGCCCUGGAGCUGCACAUCUGAAAGGGAAUUAUCUUGAAUCUUAAUUCACAGAUCCUAUUGAGAUGCAUCUGUUGAGUACUAGCAUCUCUAGAUGCAGAGCAUUAGCUGCUUAUAAGCUAGGUUGGCUAAGUCCUUUCAGACUCAAUAGCAGUAGAGAAGUAAAGCCUAACCACUAGGGGUCUUUGCAGUUCUGAUUUUGUGAUGUUCAGUUAUUACCGGUUUAUACAAAGACAGUAUGAAAACUUUUUUUUUCCCCCCAGAACUAUUUUAUUUAACUGUGCUCUUACAUUUAACAGGAAACUUUUAAAAACAGAAUGACCUUUAAUAUGCAGUCUACUUGGUGAAGAAUUAAGAGUCUGAGCAAAACAUGCAGGCAACAGCUGUGUGCCUUAUUCCCCAAAUAAGGGGAUGCACAUGAGUACAGCUGAGUAAGCAAGUCAUACAACAUGAAGUACUUGAGAAUUUUAACCUAUUUACAAAUCCCCUACAAUCAAUAUUUAAUUUUCAGAAGUAGACUAUCAAUAUGAACACUUCUAAAAAACACCACUUUGUCACAAAAGAAAAAUGUAUAUUUGCUAGCCAAAGUCAAGUGUUUUACUGUGGAUGGUAAUACAGCUGUGGUUUCUGUUGUCCUGGUAGAUAAAUGCACAAGCAAUUGCUUUAACAAAUGCUUGAUGAUGUGAUCUUCACAUUUAUUUUCAUAAGUAUGAUUCUGAAAUUUGGCUUCCUCAAAUAUCUGUGCCAUUAAAAAUCAGAGUGUGAGUAUGAAUAGAAAGUGACCAUUAGGGGGUGUAAACACAGAGCCUGAUAUGAGUUCCCAUUAUUAUUUGAGCAAACGUUCCUGAAAUACUGUGAUACCUUCCCAGUUCUACUUGCGCAGAAAGAAUUCAUUUCAGUGAUUUGCAGACUACCAUGUACAGCAUAUCCUUUCUCAUUGCUUAAAGAAGUGGGACUUCCUCAGGAAGAAAGUAAAUAGAUAUUUCAAUGUUUAUAGAUGUAAUACUCUUGUCAUUCACAUUGAAUGAAAAUUGCUGGAAACAUUUUUCUCAAAAAUUUUUUAAAUAAAAAAUAGAUAUUAUUCUGAUAGUGGCAUGGUAUCUGAAGUGCAACAAUAAAGUCUGUUAAGAAAAUGUACCAAUGAAUGGAAGUGAUUUUUUUUUUCAUAAAACUUGUCCUUUUCCAGGUUUGUUAGCAGCUAUUACUGAGUUAUAACACAACCCGCGAGCAUGGGAGCAGCACGAAAUGUUUUCACAGAUGGAAAAUAAUGCUUACUCCCUCUGUAAGUGAAUGUUACUGCUUUAUGCAGCUGCUUAUUUUACUGCUUUUGCUUCCUGCUCAGUUUUUACUUCUUGUGCCAGAAAUCAUUAAUGUGCUAUAGAAACACUUCCAGAGCUUGCUGUUUUUAAGAGAACAGGCAGACUUUAUUUGAACGGUUUGCCUGUGGAUUCAAUAGUUGUGCCUAUACAGACAUAAGAAAACAUUUUUAGGAGGAACUCCUAAAAGAUGGUGUAAGUGUCCAAAGGAAAGUUCACUGUUAUCAACAAAUUCAGAACAGAGCAGAAAACUGUAGUAUCUGCUGGGCAAAAGCUGAUUCAUAUCGUCAUGGAGGUGUAGAAAAUAGAAAGCAUGUAAACAAAAUAUUCUUUCAUUACAGAGAAAUGAUGUAAUAUUCAGAAGUGUAAACUUCCAGUACCCAUCCCUGUCAUAUCAAAGUGUAACAGAAAUAGAACAGUGUUAACAGAAAGGUACUAAGCAAAGAUUCUUGCUGUGCCUGACUGACCACUGUAUCCAGUUUUUCUGCUUUCAUUAAAUGAAUAUUCCUUUUCAGUUCUACCAGUCCCAGACCUCUUAGAGCUCAAAGGCCAAAGAUGCACUGUUUUGUCUGUGUGGAUUAAAAGGAUGAAGAAGGCACAGUGGUCAGCGCCAAGGGGCAAAAGACAGGAACAGGAAAGCAAUUAACAGGUGAAACCAAAGGAAGAAUAUGAGCCUUCCCUACCAGAUGUGGCCCAGUUCAACCAUGAUACAAGGGCUCAGUUCAGAAUUACUAGCUAAAAUCAUGCAACCUAUGUUAUUCAAGAGAUCAGAGAAAUUGACUCUUUCGCCCUUUAAUUCUACUGUCUCCUCCUUUUGUACAAUCCUAGCAGCACUUUUGUUAUUUUAGAGUAUUGAUGUCUGAUAGCCGUAUGUUUGAAGCAGCAGUAUUACAUGGCUGUCCUAAAAGUGAUGAAAUGCACCCAGUUACAAAUAUGCCUUAAAUACACGUAUCUCUCUGCACAUAUAGAAAGCUGCAUUGGUGUAUAGUCAGGCUGGAACAGUGCUUUGGGUUUGGAAAUACUCCCAGCUCCUUUUCCCUUGAUCUUGAUUCUCCUACAUAUUAUGGUCAGUAGCGAAAUACGUAUAUAAAGCAAAAAAAAAAAAAAAAAAAAAAAGGGUUUAAAUCAUAUUUACAGUCAACCCUCAUCCUGCUGUCCCGCUGCAGCUCUGCAGACAGAGCUGUACUCCGACAUUAUAAAAACUGCGCGUGGUGUGAAGGACAAACUGCUGCCCCCCACAUGUCCGCCGCACCUCCGCCUCUCCCAGCGCGCGGAACGCGCUACAGCCGCCAUCCCGCUCGUGCUCCAGCGCCGCACACCGCGCAGCUGCCACCGCCCCCUCCUCUCCCCGCCCCCUGGGAGGAGCACGCACCUCGCCCGCCCUUGCCGCCUGCUUGGGUGGUGGUUCCGGUUCAGCUAGCGACCGUUGGCGGGCGUACGUGGCGGCAGAGGCUGGGGUUGUUGGUGGGCACGCGGGCAGCCGUUAAGCGGGCGCGUGCAGCGACCGUUAAGCGGGUGCGGGAGGCGGGCUGUGGGGAUUUCUGGUAGCGCUGGCGUAGCCGUUGGGUUCCGCGGUCAUCCUCUCCACCUCAGAAGCGGGAGGGACUCAGUGGAGCCGAGCCGAGCCAAGCCAAGCUAGGCUGGCAGAGGUGCGGAGCAACUGCAGCUUUCUUAAAAUGCAGAAGCCGGAAGUGAGGAGGCCGCGUAGUUCCUCUCCUCAAAGACACCGCGUGACUGGGGGAAAAACAUUCUUGAGUUGUGAUGGCAGAAGAAGACGGGUCUAAAUUCAACCUGUAAAUUUUUGGAGUAACUGUGACUAGAAUUUCUAUUGUUUACUUACUUUUAGGAUAGAUAGGCAAUCUUAUAGAAUUAACGGCCUUUGUGAGCAAGGGUAUUCCUGAUUUUCAAACAGGGAAGCAAGCAGUACUUUUAGGCUAGGCCUUAAUUUCAGUUUAGACUUAAAUGACUCUUCUAAUUAAGUUUAUACUAUGAGCCUAGAUGCUCUGCAGUCCCUCAUCUUUACAAAGAGCACAGUGGGCCUGGGGUGUAGUGUACCGUGUUUCAAAUUAGUGUGGAAUCAGUCUGCACAAAAGGGAAUGUAGUUAGGAGGAUGUUGGCAUAUUUUGUGCUGCCUUCCAGGAUCCUUAGCUGCGCUCAUUUCAAGGCUUUCGACAAGUUUUAUGCUAUUAUAAUCUCAGUAGUUAGUGACUGUGCUGUACUCCAGCCACAUAGCUGACUGUACUUCAGUAGUCCUAAAUCUGGAUAAGUGUUGUGCUUUCGCUGGUGGCUCUGGUGCUGCUAAAGCACUGUAGAAGGGUUGUUGCAAGGAGUGUACAUGUACUGUGGAAGAUGAAGGUAAGUUUGUGAAGUCUAAAAGAUGUAUGUGAAUGUCUGCAGCUAAAACUUUAAUAUAUGCUAAUGUAAAGCAUUCAAAUGUACUGAUGAGUCAAUAAAGAGAGAUGGACUUACA